GGAGGUUAAUCACGGUGACUCAGUCACCAAAACGACAGUAGACCUUAUACACGUACGCAGCAGAGGUCCAACCUUAUUUUAGGUCCAGCCUUAUACACGUGUUACCAACAUAUAGAAGAUGAAAAAGAGUUGAAACAUGCAACAUUUCUUCACAAAUUAAUUGAUCACCAUUCACCACACUAUAUAUAUAAACUAAUACAUAAAUUAGCUAGGGAACAGAGUCCUCAGGGUGGUCCUCAGCUGCAGGGAAACACAACCACUCUUCAGGAAACGUUGCACCGGCAGCAUCCACUGCUGCCGGAGUUUUCUCGGAACUUGCGGUAUAUUCUUUUCCCGCGCAGUGAUUACCCAUUUCGCCCCUCCCAUUUUCAUAAUCCAAGGAUUUCAAAAAACCCACCCACCAUGCCUCGACGGAAGUGUAACUCUCGCCGCCACCGUAUUCCGCCGCCCAUUCAAAGUCAAACUCAUAAGCCGGCAGUUCCGGGGAGGCGGAUAGGAUCGCCGGAGCCGUUGUAGACCACGUAGGCUGUGGGGUGGGGAUAGACUCGACUAGUGAAUAGCAGUACUGGCGGCAUUCGCUUUCCAUGAACAUUCUUAUUGGCUCCGAAGUCUUGUUGUUUACUUCGAAAGGAGUGUUUUUUAUGAUUGGGUUUCUUGUUGGUCUGUCCAUUAGCGGCGGUCGGUUUCUUCUCUUCUGGUUCUUGGGAUAUUAGAGGCGGUGAGGAAGUAAAUGAAGAGAACAAGUGUCAUUUAAGUGAGUGAGAAAAAGCUGGGUCAUCAGUUCGCUCUAGUGUCAUGAACGAGAGAGGCUGCCACCUGGGGAGCAUGUCGUUCGCGGCAGAGAUUUCAUCAUAUAUUGUGUGCUUGGACAACGCUCUAGGUAAAUGGCAUGGAUGGAGGAUAUUGCUAACAAAUACAAUAAUUAAUAUGGUCAUUGGAGGAGAAGAGGAAGAACUGGUGUUUGAUGAGGAAACCGAUGAGGAGGAGAAAUCAGAACGCAUAGAGAUCUAUCCAGUGGUUGGCAUGGUUAUCACGGAUAGAAUGGUGAAAUUCCUGGUGCUCAGGGAUCUCAUGGCUUCAAUCUGGCGGCCCGGUAAAGGAAUCUCCAUUAAAGAGAUGAGUGAAAAGAGGUACUUGUUUACUUUUUACCAUAUUAUUGAUAUGGAGCGUGUUUUUGGAAGUGGCCCAUGGCUUUUUAAGCAGAAUCUGUUAGUUCUCAGGACAAUUCGACCAAGAGAUAUUCCUCUACAGGUUCCUCU